GAUGUUUAGUAGUUCAGCAUAGUACAACUAGUUGCUCAAUCUUGGUGAGUCUUGGGAACCAUUGUUUUCCUUUGGUUUGACAAAUGGGGAAGCUCUGUGGUAAAAUUACGGUGGAUGGGCCGACGGAUCGCGGUCGGCAGAUAAGUCGGUAGAGGACGCACGAAGUGAGUCCAGUCACGUCAACUACGAACUAGGAAAAGUAAAUAGACUCAAGUUUGAACCAGAUGGAGUAGGUGAGGUGAACCAUGGUAUUUAGUUAGGUUCGGCGUAGAUUAAUGUGGUCGGUUUUGAGUUUGACGUAUUAGAGUUGCACUAUUUCUUGAUUCAAUUUGACUGGAAUAGUUAAAACUUAAAAAGUGUAUUGUGAGUUAUAGUAAUAUUGUAAUUUAAAUCAAAAACCCAAUAUGGGUAUGUGACAAAAGUGCUAUUGAAAGAAAGCACUUUUACAAAUUUACAUAAACAGCUAAUUUGGCUGCAAGAUUAAUCACUGCUUUCUGCAUUAAUGCUGAUUAGCUUAUGACUAGUGGACUUUUAUGAGCAUUUCUUCUUGAUUAGACAUCACAGCGUUUGUCCUGGCUCUUAAUGUUCAUGUAGGUCUUGUUAUUGGUGAUAGUACCACACAUGUUUCUGUAGUUCUGUAGCUAGCUAUAUAUCAAGACUAUUUGCACAACUAUGUUCGUCAAACUUGAGAGGAAAAAGAGAGUCUCUUCAAUGACUUCUCAUUCCCAAGAGAGUCUCUAUCUGCAAAUGUCACAACAAAGAGAAUCAAAGGAGGAGGAGGAGGAGGAGGAGGAGGAGGAGGAAGAAAAUGAAGCUCAAGAUCAACCAGAAGUUGCUCAAGCACAACAAGACUAUGGAGCAAGCAGAGUGGAAUCUAAACAACCAAGCAUGAACAAUGAAAGAUAUGGAAGGAUCGUGAAGGUUCAAGGAGGCCACGUUAUUAGAUCAAUUGCGAGAAAAGACAGGCACAGCAAGAUCUACACGUCCAAGGGCCCAAGAGACAGAAGGUUCCGGCUUUCAGCUCAAACUGCCAUAGAGUUCUAUGAUGUUCAAGACCGUCUUGGCUUUGAUAGACCAAGCAAGGCCAUUGACUGGCUCAUUCACAAGGCCAAGGCCUCCAUUGAAGCUCUCGAAGAUUCUUCUACUACACACCAGCCUCAGCAUCACCAAGGAGGCAAUGCCGAGCCAGAAACUGUCAAAACUCAUCAGCCUUUGGACGAGGGCACUAUGAAAAAUGAGAGCAAAGAACCUGUUCUUGACUAUGCUGAAGAAGCCCUCAAUUGUGCUCCCAAUUUAUCAGAGGCCAAUUUCAUGGAGAUGGGUUGGUUUCAAAGUCUGAUGGCUUGGAAUUACAAUGCAGGUGAUGGUGGAGAAGGUUGUUCUUUCAAUUCAUCAUCUGUUACUCUGCUAUAGUUAACCAUUUCUUUGGUCAAAACUAGUUGCUUGACGCAAUUUUCAGCUUCAGAUUUGUUUUUGAGCUAGAUGAAGUCUUUUGGUUAGUGCUAAAUUUUCAUAUUAGUUUAGUUGGUUGUGAUAAAA